GCGCUGAGCCCUCGAUCCCGUGCCGCCCCCUCGACGCAGAAACAGCAGUGCCAAGCGCAGACGCGCUUUUAAUAGGGCGUCCCAAGCCAAUCAUUCUUCCCGUGACGGGGCACCCGACCAGAUCUUUGUCUGGCACUCUGGGCUGCCGCCGGUAACCUGCCCACCCGCGCUCGCUGCUGUUCCCCUCGACGGCCCAGCCGCUGGUCAUGCGUGUGAUAGGCCAACAGCUGGAGUGGCUCGGCCGCAGGGGAAUAGCCUCGCACGGGCUCUGCUGACCUCGGGUCGUGGUGGUUUGUCACUUGGGCACCGCAGUUGUGCGAUAUGUACUUUCUUCGUUCAGCUUUUCUUGAGCUCGAGGGAAGGACAAUCGUCUCAGCGAGAAUGCUUCCUCGAGCAGACUCAAUUACAGUUUGAUCCCGCCCGAUCUCGACCUCCAACGCGAUCUCAAGCUGUGCUUGUCCGGCGCCAAACCAAGCGUACAUGGGUGGAUGUCCACCUUUCUCCACGUCAACCCACUCCGCUCUGGACCGCCGGCCCGCGUCUACCCGCACACAAUGCGAUGCUAAUUUUCUCUCGCCGCCGUAUAUAACGCCUGUUGAACAGUCCUUGCUCCCCAGUUCUCUGCCUCGACGACAAACAGCUAACGAUGCGCACUUCAUUCUUCCUGAUCGCUGUCCAGCUUUUGGCGGUUUCGGCUACUGUCGUGAAACGGGCAACUGUUAAUGACGUAGCGACCGUCGGCUACGCCACCCUCAAUGGAGGGACGACUGGCGGCUCGGGCGGCCCCACGACGACUGUGACCACGCUCGACGCCCUGACCACGGCCCUGACCGGCAGCGCGAAGAAGAUCGUCCUGAUCUCCGGGACCAUCACGGGGAACGUCGCACUCAGGGUCGGCUCCAACACGACCGUCAUCGGCAAGACGGGAUCAGCCUUGGUUGGCGUCGGUCUGCGAGUCUUCAGAGAGCAAAAUGUCAUCAUCCGCAACGUGAAGAUCUCGAAGGUGCUCGCCAAAGCGGGCGAUGCGAUCGGCGUGCAAGAGGCCCACCAGGUCUGGAUUGACCACGUUGAUCUCUCGUCAGAUUUGGACCACAGCAAGGACUUUUACGAUGGACUCUGCGAUCUGACACACGGGGUCACCGGGAUCACAGUCACCAACAGCUUCUUGCACGAGCACUUCAAGGCUUCACUCAUCGGCCAUUCGGACAACAACGGGGCUGAAGAUACAGCGAUCACCGUCACCAUGGGAAACAACUAUUGGCGCAACCUCAACUCGCGCACUCCGUCUCUGCGCUUUGGACAUGGUCACGUGUUCAACAACGUCUUCGACAGCAACAUUCUGACCAACAUCAACACCCGCGACGGUGCCCAAAUGCUCAUUCAAAACAAUGUCUUCAUCAACACGAGUCUUGCGAUUGAGAGCACCGAUGCUGGUUUCGCCGUCGCGACCGGAAACGACUUUGGUGGGGCUACCAACACCGCCCCCGUCGGAACCUUCACCAGCCCACCCUACUCCUUUACUUUGCUCGACACCGCGAGCGUCAAGGCCGCUGUCGUGGGGACUGCUGGACAGACGCUGUCCUUCUGAACGAGAUCUUGACAACCUGAAUGUACCAAUACAAUGUACUCCCACAAGAAUGCAUAUCACAACUUUUUCGUCGUG